GGUGAUCCUACUAAUUUCUCGAUAUUUCGACGGAAGCUUGUAGACUGCACAUCAAGAUGUCGGUCCAAGAAUAUGCGGUCAAUGAGUACACCGCCAAUGCGCAACCUCACUUCAACUUGUUGAGGAUAUUGGGUGGAUGGGGCAAUGUCAAUGGCCCCGGUCUUCUCAUGCUCCGGAGUAUGCUGGCAGGCACAUCAACAGCCGCUGUGCUCGGCCUCUCAGCCGCGAUUGUGGGAAGUAGCAUCUGGGGCACCGCCGCACUACCCUUCAUCGUCGGUUCUUCAUUAGGAUUUGUACUCGGUAGUACAAGGUGGUACAUUGUUGCCGUGAAAGAAUCUCUGCUGCAGCUGGACAACUACCCCGCCAUCUUGCGCCUCCACCUGAUCGCCAACUUCCCCUGGAAACCGGAGCUCGGACGCCACAAUCUUGAUUGGUACAACGCCAGACGGUUCAGCUCGACCUGGCAGAUGAAGAGCAUGCUCGUGGCGAGUUGGCUUACCGCACAGCCGGCGCUGGACGAGAUUCGGAGUCGCACUGAGGCCGCGCUGGUGGAUAACUAUCUCAGGCAAGGGGGAUUCGAAGGAGGGGAUCAGGCCGCUACGCCGCAGGAACGUCGAUGAAUUGUUCUAGAUUCUUGUUAGAUAUGCGUCGGCUGAACUAAGAUAAACGACCCGAUGUCUCUACUAAACUCUAAGAGCCUUGCAUGAGCUCUUCAUAGACCGGGGAUCACUCGGAGAGAUGAAAAUCCACAUGCAUUCCAAAUCUCACAGGAUUUGUUUCAUGAGAGAAGAUACCGGUAAGAAAUAAUACUGUGAAUGGGAGAGGAGUUACAAAUUCUAUGUAAUCUCUGCUUGCGGAAUCCCCUU